AUGAUGGUAACUCAAAAGCAGAGUUUGCCUUCUUUUUCCAGCUUUCUUUCUGUUUUGUCUAUUUUAUUUUACUGCGCCGGGUUUUUGAGAGUUGAAUUAGAGUUAAAUGAACAGAAGAAGAGAAUUAACGCUCUUGAAAACAACACAAAGACGGAGCGGCGACCAUCAGACGAACGAAGUGUUGUGGAGAUAACAAAGACACGUUCUUCCCGUAAGUUUUUAGAUUUCUUUACUGUUUAACUUUGGAGAUGUAACUGUGCUGUUAGGUUUUGUGAUAAGAAACCCAAUACGUCAGUCUAUUCUUAGUGACUGAAAUUAACCAGUAGAAAGGAUACGAAAUGCUCAUCGUACCCUGAGGAGAAUCGAGUUGGCAUGUUGCCACUUGAAAUUAGCUACACAUACAUAAACAGAGGUCAUUCGUAACAUACUGUCGUCUUUUCAUCCAAAGUUUCUACGUAAAAUAUUUUUUACCCAAUCAAAGCUCCCUAAAACAGACAUGAAAGGGACAAGGCCAAGUGUCUGCAUUACAGAGGUACCGUAAAAUUCCGAAAAUAAGCCCCGGGGCUUAUAUUCUUCAAAGGCCCUUUUUGAGGGGCUUGUUUUUGGAGGGGCUUAUAUUCGGAGGGGCUUAUCUACGGAGGGAAAUUUACGUUUCACAAUCGAUUGGGCUAACCAUAUAGUUAGAAGUAAAUUUACCGUUUUUGCUUUGUUUUACUUUGUAUUUGAGGGCACUUUUCCAAGUACAAGCCCCCGGGGGGCUUAUAUUUGGAGGGGCGAUUUAACGGAGGGCUUUUUGCGUUACCGGAUUGGGGGGCUUAUAUUUGGAGGGGCUUAUUUUCGGAAUUUUACGGUAUCCGCUUAUAGAGGAAGGAAUUCUAUCAAAAUUGUAUCAAUUUUUUAUGUUUAGGGCAAAUAUAACUACCCAUGAAAGAGAGAGAUCGGUAUUAUUGAGGUUAGACUGUAUUCGUUUUGCCCCUUCCCUCGACAAUUUGUUUCGGCGAUGCAGCGAUUGGAUUAGGCUCUGGUGAACCACCAGCCCGAACCAGUCUCCAUCGGCUACAGGUGCAAGAUUGAGAGAGAAGUCUGGGUAUGAGAGGCAGCAUGAACCACCGAAUUUGAAGAUAAUCAAGCAGGCUCUGUUGAUUUUCUACAAGGCAGAGGGUUAGGGCAGCCCCUAAAGAAACACAAGAAAGGGAAUAUAUAACAAAUUUUCAUCAAAUAAAAAAAUAUAUAUGAUUCUCAAGCAGUUUAUGAACUCAGGAUAAAAUUUAAUAGCUGCUGAGCGGCUAUUAUUAUUUAUCGGUAUCAUUCGAACUUUAUAACAAUGAACAGUUUUGUUUAUUUUUUUUUUCCUUUCUAGAUCUUCAAUUCCCCAUACUUCAUAGGAACAGGCUCUAUAAGCGUCAGGCUGAUUCAACCAACACAAACAGCACAAAUUCUGUGGACCAAACGGUGCGGAAAAUUAAGAAGCUUUUAUCUGAGGGCAAACUGCAACUUUGUCAUUCAAAAGGUGCUAUGUGCCCAUUUCCAGGCCCUCCAGGUCCACCUGGACCGAGAGGAGAAAAAGGAGCCAGGGGACGAAGAGGACAGAGAGGGAAACCUGGAAACAAAGGAGAUCAAGGCAUUAUGGGGUCACCAGGAAAGAGUGGCAAGCAAGGCAUCAGGGGAGCUGUUGGGCUGCCUGGCGAAGCUGGUAUUAAAGGACAGAAAGGAGAUACAGGUCCCGCAGGCAUGCCGGGACCGAAAGGAGAGCCUGGCGAAUCAUUUUCAGCACCUUCCGUUGCUCUUUCUCCCUCAAGGGUAACUGUGAACGAGAGUGGAUCAGCCACGUUUCAGUGUUCAGCUACUGGUAACCCUCAACCUGCGGUAGUGUGGAGUAAACUGCCGAAUCAAUUACAAAUAAGCCAGUCAGCGGUUUCAGGAGGAAUUCUGCGUUUACAGAACGUGAAAGGAAGUGAUGGAGGUGUGUAUAAAUGUUCAGCGGCAAACGUCUUAGGACAGGCGCACGCAUUGGGUCACCUGGUAGUAAACGGUGAGUUUAUGAAUCUCUUUUCUUUUUCAUAAUACGUCCUUUAAUUUAUUCAGACGAUAGAAAACCUCCCAGAAUGCACCACAAUAUCAGCAGUUGUCCCAAAAAAGUACGAGACUGACAUUCAAAUCGCAGCUAACUACAAUACGCACAUCACUGGUCAUGUGUUUCUUGCCCUUAUUAUGGUAUAGAUUCUACAAGAGUCAACGUCUUCCUCUUUAUUUUAAACUCAUGGCCUUCCCUCCUCCAGUUAGGCGAGUAUCUGCAAAACACGUAUUUCUAGUGUAAGAACAUUUGACCAUUUAUUCUGUGCUAGUGCCAGGAAACAGGAAACCUGCCUCUUUUUAUUAACUAAUGAGCGUCCUAAUAAUAUUAACUUCUUUCGUUUUGCAGUUCGUCCUUCCAUAUCUCUUAAUCCGGGACCCUUUUACGUCGUUGAAGGAAGUAAUGCUACCCUACCAGUUUGUCACGUGACUGGUCAUCCUGCGCCUUUGGUCACAUGGAGUAAGUCAUUUGGUCAGCUACCCCCGGGGAGGGUACAGAGUAACAAAACUGUCAUGAAACUGUUUGGGGUCCGUAAGGUUGAUUCUGAUAACUACAUAUGCACUGCGACUAAUCUGUUAGGAACUGUCGUAAAACGAACUGUUUUAGUAGUGGUCUCCCUCCCUAAAUUCAAUGUAAAGCCACCAGAAAAAGUUACUGCGUUGAUUGGCGAAACAUUUACUUUGAACUGCACUGUUACCGGUGAUCCUCAGCCAGUCGUGAACUGGAAAAAACAAGGAGCACAAUUUCCAGUUGGACGAAGCCAGGAGAUCAAUGGUGUGUUAUUUAUCAGAAACACGAAAAAGGAAGAUGCAGGGAAUUACAUUUGUGCUGCAAGGAGUGCAGGGUUUUUUACCGUAGAAACUGUCACAUCUGUUGAGGUUCUGCUUCCCAAAGGUAAACAAAGAUUUUUUUUAUUACUAGAGGUGAAUAUAUAUUAUUUUCAAAUCACUCAAGUCUGUGUCAGAUCUUAUUUUUCUUUUUAGUCGGAACAAUAACAAUAAUAAUAACAAUAACAGUAAUAAUGACAAUGACAUGGAAAAUGAUAGUAACAACGCCGAAGUGCGAUGUCAUGAACAUUUAACCUCGUUCCCAGGUUCCGUAGGGACGGAUAGGAGAGAAUUCUGGGAGCGAGGUUGGUGAAUAGUAACAUUUUUAAAAUUACGAUAUUUGUUGAGAUCUUAAAAAAAAAGCAAGAUCAGUGGUCUGGUAAGAUUAAAAAUGCUUCCCAGCCAAAGAUCAGUUUGUCAGGGAAAAUUGGCCAUGAGAUAUUAGUUCUCUUAUGAUUACUGAUAACCCCGCAUUCAAAUCCUUCUAACUUUGACUUGUGUCAGAACGAUCGAUAUGGAAAAUUUGUAUGGAGUUUUACCAGAUUGUAACCGUAACUGCGCUAUCAAACUGCAGGAAAAUGCUUAUUUUUAAUCUUGUUAUUCCAGAAUAUCCGGACAAAACCCAUACACGUAUGUCAUAAAUUUACUUUUUAUGACGUCUUCUCUUUAUCGCGCUGUACUCGUUUCUCCUAUUGUGCAAAUUACUUUAGGGUGGAUUCGUUUGCAGUAUAGGCGUUUUUCAAAGAAUGUUUCUGAGCUUGAAAAAAUGAAAAAAUUCUAACGAGAAAUUGCAAUGGCUUUACGCGAAUGCUGCAAAUGAAUUCACUCUAACAUGGGAUUCAAUUUUGUGCAAUUGGGAGCGAGUGCCAAACCAUAAUUCUGUGUGUUUCAAGUUUGUUGUGUAUCUGAAUUAUUUUGACGAAUUAGUGCUCUUAAAAAUUCACCUUUGUUUGUUUCAGUACAGUAUGUACAUAUGGUAAAUGAUGUCUUAUUUUUUUUUCUUCCCCUUUCAGAUUGCUCUGAUCUGUUUAAGUCAGGCCGUACUCAGAAUGGAGUGUACUCUGUGAAUCCAGACGGUAGAGGAUCCUUUAAUGUAUAUUGUGACAUGCGCAACGAUGGAGGAGGGUGGACCGUGUUCCAGAGAAGACAAGAUGGCUCGGUAGACUUCUAUCGCGGAUGGAACUAUUAUAAAUCAGGCUUUGGUCAGCUGACGGCUGAGUUCUGGUUAGGAAACGACAAGAUCCAUAGGCUGACGGCUGCUAGACCCAGCACUCUACGAGUGGAGCUAGAGGACUGGAAUGGAGUAAGAGUGUAUGCCAAAUAUGGCAAGUUUAACAUUGCUGAUGAGCAGGCGAAGUAUCGACUUGAAGUGGGUUCAUAUUCAGGGACGGCGGGAAAUUCGUUAGCAUAUCAUAAUACCCUGAAUUUUAGCACAAAAGACAGAGAUAAUGACAAAUGGAGAAAUAACUGUGCUGCAAGUUGCUCUGGUGCCUGGUGGUACAACGCGUGCUACUAUUCCAGUCUUAACGGAAAAUACUUGAGAGAAAAACGUGAUCAGAGAGGUGUCACGUGGGAUCACUUCAGAGGUUCUCUUUCACUUAAAUUUGCUGAGAUGAAACUGAGGCCUUCAUCUUAG